CACAUGCAGCCUCAGAAAUGCAGGGGUCAAGGCCGCAUUUGCGAAAGCUCCUGGUACUAGUAGAGCCUGCUGCGAGAGUGUGAGACUGCUUCGUCCACCAGGCAAGAAAGUGGUUCGAAAGUGGCAGGCGCAGCCUCUUGCAAGAAAGUAACUCGUCAAGAAGCAGCCGGUGCAGGAAUUCAUCGCCAAUCAAUCUGUCUUCGCCAUGGCGGUGACUGGUGUUGGCAUCAAGUACACCUCCAGCAGACUUUUGCAGGUAACACCACUAUCAAGUCACAAAGAAGCAAGCGACAGCAUCUGGUUUGGAGGCAAUUGCCUGGAGUGGAAGAAACUGACUUGCCCCACAAGAAAUACUCAAAAAGCGAGAUUGCCUGUCCGAGUAGACGCCACAUGGCCAUCAAAGGCCCAUUCUGAAACAAAGCACGUGGAAUCGAGUGCGUCGUCUCAGGGUCUGGAAACGGAGGACUUCAAUAGGCACUCUGCCCAUCCAGAAGGUUCGUGCGGCUUUGAUCCUCAGCAUGCGCACCGGCGGUCCCAAUUCACUUUAACCACCGUUUGUAGACGACAAAUGCUUGCUAUGUCAAUUGCAGUCGCGUUGAGUUCCAAAAGCCAGCCUGUCAAUGCCGCUGAAACAGAAGCGGCUCCGCCUAAGAAAGAAGAAAGCACGCUAGACAGCAUAACGUCGUUUUUAGACCCAGACGAGCUUGCGCCUUCCGGCCGCAAGAUCCCAAAAGCAUACAAGAAACAGGUUAGGGAGGUAGUUAGGACGUUAAGGGAGUCUUUGUCAGACCAGGAUACCAAGGACUUCAGGCGAAAGGCAGACCCUGCAAAGGAAGCAAUCCGGGGUUACAUCGUAAAUUGGAGAGGCGCAAGUUCGGUGCAAUCUGAGGUUUCGUAUACCGCCCUCGAGCGUGUGCUUCGAGCUCUGGGAGCGUUCUAUUCAAAAGCCGGGCCAAACGCGCGAGUUACAGAUGAGUUGCGGCAGCAAGUUUUUAAAGACCUGGAGCUUGCAGAGAACUCGGUGUGAAAUUAAUAUGCCCGGAUGUAUCAUUUGCAGCCCUGCCUGAUGACAAGCUUGCUUGAAACCUUUGACUUUGCAACUCGAUUGUAUAUCAAAACGAUUGAAGCACCGGAUCUGGUAUCCACAUCAGGCUCCAAAGAAGCCGGUGAUCGAGUCAAGUCAUUGCACUCGAAUCUUUGCCGCAGUUUCGGUCGUAUGGGGCUGUACGUUAGCUAGGAUGUAUUGGCUGCCUGCAUAAUUUCACCAAGUCGAUGGAAGGAGCAAAGGCGCCGUGUUGAGUGCUACUAGUAUGUGUGGGCUUUGUCCCGGGCCGCGACUUUUAAGUAGCUAUUUGUUCAUAAGUUCUCAUGUUAAAGUGUAGUCAGCGUACGAAAGUUUCUGUUUCGCGCGAGACGUACAACAACAAUCUGAAAAUCGACCCAAGUACUGCAAGAUAUAUGGACAGCUGUCUACGUUACUGAAGGCUGCAUAUCUGCGAUGAAUAUAGCAAGCUGACUUGUCGCAUGCACUCUUAAUUUCUCG